AUGCUUCGCCGCAAGCCCACUGCUAUAGCCAUAACGGCUGAAGACCUUGCAGCCUUUGAAGAGUCACGGGCCCUGAAGCUUGUCAGGCAUAACAAUACCCACGCUCAUGCCAACAAUAGCAAUCACGCCAGUCAUGCCAACCUCGACCCUAGCGACGAAUUGAAGCCCUUGCCAGGGGACAAGGCAAGAAUUGUCCGCUCACGCGAAGAACGAAUAGGCAUAAGUCGG